AUGGAGUAUGGUUCUUUUAUCUACUUUCCCAAACGCAUCGAACUUGCUGAAAAGUUAGAAUUAAUUCAGCGAAAUGCAAUCAGAGCUGCUCUUGGCUAUAGGAACAGUACUCCGAACAAUGUAAUCAUCGCAGAAUCGAAACUACCUUUAAUGAUUAAAAGAAUUGAAUUCCUUUGUAAAUGCUUUCUAGUCAAGUCAAUUUCUAACAAUAACAGCCAAACCGCUCAAACGAUCUCUAAAUUCUAUUACAUUGUUCAAAAGAAAAAAAAGAUCAGUUCUCGCCUCAUUUCUAAAUGUUUAGCCACUGUUAUGGUCGACCACUCUGCUAUCGAAACACGCCCCAAUUUAUUAAUAUAUCAAUAUCAAUACGAAACGCUAGCAACUUCCAUUCCGAUCGAAACCGAACUAGGCAACAGACUGAAGGAAAGUAACAAUGCGAAUGAAGAGUUCAUGCAAUUUAUGGAAAAAAGUCAUGCAGUCUCUGUGUACACGGAUGGCAGCAAAAUCUCUGAAGGGCUCCAUACUGGAGCAGCUUGUUAUUGCCCAGAUUUAAACAUUCAUAUUAAAAAAGCAUUACACAGCAGGGCAUCUGUGUACACGGCAGAGUGCUUGGCUCUUAAUGAAGCGAUUGAUAUCGCCUUUCUUACUAAAAACCGUGAAAUCUUUAUCUUCUCAGACUCACUAAGCGCACUUGAAUCUUUGAAAUCGACUAAAAUCAACUCAACCACUAAUUCAUACAUCUUAGAGAUCAAAAGAAAAUAUAAAGCAUUGUCAACCUCUAAUCGUAACGUAACUUUUUUCUGGAUUCCUUCCCACAAAGGUAUUUCGGGCAACGAACAAGCAGAUGUUCUCGCCAAAGAAGCUACUGAAAGCACUAGUUCUGAUAUCACUGCCAUUCCGUUUACUAACCUUUAUGAAGAUUUUAAAAAGCAGGCGUACGCGGAAUCUGAGAAGAUUUAUUUAGAUAAAAGCGUUACUACAGGCACUAUAUAUUUUAAUAAUUAUUACAAAAGUAGCAGAAAACCUUGGUUUGUCGGUAGAUCUCUCAAGAGAGAAUUUAUUAUUACAAUAAAUAGAUGUCGAGCUAACCAUUAUAAUCUAGCAGCGUCGAUGUAUCGCAAAAAUUUAGUAAAUGAUCCUAAAUGUAAAUGCCAAAACGAAGAUGAGGAUUUAAAUCAUGUAUUAUGGCAAUGUGCCCUCUACGAAGAGCCUAGGAAAAAACUACAUAACUCUCUUAUGAAAUUUAAACUGUUUCCACCGUUAUGUAUUGAAAUGCUUAUUGCGGAUCCAAAUAUCGAAGCUUGUAUUUGCGUCUUUGAAUUCCUAAAAAAAAUGCUCUUUAAAAGUGUAAAUUAA